CUUAUCACGGACGCCACCCCGUACGAGGUGAGGCGAGCCCAGGAGCUGAACACUCUACUGGGGCCCAAGGGCAACGUGGGGGCCAUGGACCUGGUGUGUGACCUCCACAACACCACAGCCAACAUGGGCCUCAGUCUCAUCUCCUACUCUGUCCAAGACUGGGUCAUCAUGCACAUCUAUAGACAAAUCCAGAGGAAGAUAACCUCAGCGCCCGUGAGGUUUAUCCUGCUGGAUCUACCCCUAGCUGAUGCCUACUCUCAGGACUCCCUGGGCAAGCAUGGCUUCUCGAUAGAGGUGGGACCUCAACCCCAUGGUGUGGUCAGAGCCGACAUCUUCAACAUCAUGAAGGAGGCGGUCGACCAGACACUAGAUUGGGUCCAGUGCUUCAACUCAGGGUGUGCCUUUGAAGGUGGYGAGGUGGACGAUGUGUACACCUUUGUGAAGAGUGUAUACUACCCAAGAGACCCAGAGACCAAUCAAAUCACUGCUGCCGUACAUCCCCAACUACAGGACCGUGACUUCUGCCUCCUCCAUCCGGGAGAUCCCAUGUUCCUGAUGUUUUCUGGGGAGAUACUUAAGUACGAAGGGGAAGAAGUCCUCCAUCCCUUCUUUGUGAACGAGUGUGCGUACUAUGAGAAGAGUAUUGCCUUCCACCUGGCACGAAAGAUGACAGUCACUAUACCCCCCUUGCAAGUGAAGAGAGAUUGAUGAAGGGAAAGGGGGAGGAACAAAGAGUUUAAAAAGAGUGAGAGAAUUAAAGGGAAAACACACACACACAGAACCUUAAGAAGCACUAACUAGUCUAACCUGAUUUUCAAUUGAUUUUUAAUUCCAUUGUUUUUUAUCAUCCCCAAAUAACCUCAGGAAUACUGUAUGUGAAAUUAUGCACAGUUCAAUGCAAUAAUCUAGUAUGUCAAUUAAACAUUUCMAUUUUU